AUGUCGUCAUCAUCCGCUGAGCAGAGAAGCGAUCUCGAGGAGGAGCAGCUCGAGCAGGAGAAGCCCGCGCGAAAGACAAAGACCAAGAAGCAAAAGUCCGAGCGACGCAAGCGACGCGCUCGAUUCGAAGACUACGAUGACGAGCAGGACAACAGCCAGAUGGCCCAGAGCAACUACAACGCUCAGCAGCAGCAGAUGCAGCAACAACAAAUGCAGCAGCAACAACAGCAACAGAUGCAGCAGCAGCAGCAACAACAGGGUGGUGGUGGGAAGAGUGAUGCCCUUUCCCUGCAUCUUGAAUUGAACCUUGAGAUCGAGAUUCAGCUUAAGGCGAGAAUCCACGGUGAUCUCACUCUUUGCUUGCUGUAA